CACCGACACGCGUUUUGUUAUCCCCUUUGCGAUUUGCUUCCACCCAGAUAUAUAUCAGCCCGAUCGCUCCUGUCCGGUCCUGUGACCAUCCGGUUGCUAACACCCCGCACUUGCUAUAUAACAUCCCCCACCCUCGUCCGACUGACUAACUCACCAACCCCGCCUUCCCCCUUUUCUGUCCUACCUCGUACCUCUCCUCCAAUCGUCCUAUUUCUUUUUUUUUCUUUUUGACUUCUGCCGACGUGCUGCGAUAGACGCGCGACCAACCUUCUUCUGUCCGGGAUAGGCAACUUUGUUCUUGUCUUCUCUUUUUCGUCGCCGGCUAUAUGUGUAAUCUCGAAACCGAAGGCACCAAGUAUGGCUGCGGGCACUACCAAGUGACACGCAAGGUCAGAAAAAUUGACUGCAACAGCCGAUAUUGUACCCACUCUAUCCGCCACUCGCCUGACUGCGGGGAUUGUCACUGUGAACGGUAUCUCGGCCCGGAUGUCAAGGAGACAAUCACUUUCACAACGCCACAGUACUGUCCUUCUUGCCAGUAUUGGUUCAAAGGACCCGGCUCCCAACGUGUCCGAUAGCCAAACGACUCUUCAUAUACCGUUCAAAUCAACUGUCCGCAACCCCGUCAGCCUGCAUCGAUCACGCACUUAGCGUAGAGCUACUAUUUUUUUUUGGCAUAUUUCUCUGCCCCUUCCAUUUGUCAUCCCUGUGCCCAUCGCAACAUCUCUAUCUAUAUUCCAGAUGAUACACAUGUAAAGAUACAUGCACAUGUACUUAAUGACAAGCACCAGCG